UUUGGAUUGAAUAGUAUGUGUAGAUCAGAUGCCUCUACUUCAAGGACUCCUGUUGACCAGUACAGAAAACAAAUAGGGAAACAAGAUUAUAAGAAAACSAGGCCAAUGUUAAGAGCAACAAGAUUAAAAGCAGAGGCCAAGAAAACUGCACUAGGCGUAAAGGAAGUUGCCCUUGUCCUUGUAGCUAUAUUGAUAUUUUUGUUGGCUUUCUAUGCUUUCUUUUAUCUUAACAUUUCCAAUGAAGUUGACCUUGAUCUGGAUCCAGAUGAAAACUAGCAGAUGCAAUGAAUCUAUCAUCAAGAUUCCUUCGGCUGGAACAAGACUACAUAGGAACACAUAGUCCCUUCACUGUGAGACAACAAAUGAUGCCAUUUCUUGCGGUCCAAAUCCAUAAGAAAAGUCUGCAAUAUGUCAGUCACUCUCACAUUACAGCUCCUCAAAAUGUGGGAAGAACGUUUGCACCUCGCCAGCACAUUUGGUUAACACCGAAGCCAGGAGCUGCGGAAUGAUACGUGAAGUUUAGUGUUUACAUUAUUUUUUCCUCAGGCAGAGAAACUUUGAUGUCAAAAGCCAGGUGCUAUUGCGAUAAUGGGUAUUGAUGCAGACUUCACAGGAGAAGAGGCUGCCUUGACUAGAUUGAGGAAUCAAAGCUUCCUAAUAGGCAAAUUAAGUUCCUUUUCCGUUCCCUAAGAAAGCCGAAAUAACGAAUAAAAUGSCUUUUCUUCAUUUGUAUUGAAAGUAUAUCAAAAAAACACUUGUUCUCUUUCUCCCUUUUUAUCUUUCRUGUACAUGUGUGCACACAUGCGUGCGUGCACAAAGAUAGAAGAAAUCAUAGGGAAAAAAAACUAUCCUUUUAGAGGCAGUCUGUCACCUCCUAUAUGGACUUAAUUUUAUGUCAUCCCGGAUUCUGUGUGCCCAUAUAUCUACAGUAAUCUUUUUCAUUCUUUUGCCAACUGUUCGGCACACAUGUGUUCUGUCAGAAAUGGCACCUGGAUGACAGAAGCUCUAACAUUCGCAUAUGCCUCGGAAACACAGUUCUUUGCCUCCUGUGCUGUCUGAACUAGUGUAAAUAGAAAGUUCAGUCACUGUUGAUUUUAAUUAGUGUAUUGCUCGAUUAUUAAUCUAAAGUUGAAGUUGUAUUUUAAUUACGCUCUUCCUGCUAGUUGUGGUAUCAACUUGCUCUACCUGUUAAGGGCAUGUUGUAAAAAUUUGCUUUCCCGUUAUAUAAUCAUUUUUAUCAUUAAAUUAAUGUGUGAAGCUGUAACUACUGAGAAGCCUUUUUCUGUGAAUGCUUCUAAUGACUGGAAGCUCAAUGAUGACUUUUAGUUCUUGCAAAGUACCUUUCAGAAUAUGCAGCACAGAUAACAUUUCUGAUCCCUCUGCUAGAGAACCACAAGCAACUUGAAAAAGUAAAUAUGUUAAAGCAGCUGCAGGGAGCUGCAAAAUUCAGGCUAUGUUCCCUUCUGAUGUUGCUUUUYCAUAUUUCUGGACUUGUGAUAGUAAAGGCUCUGUUUUGUUCAUUUUAGAAACGUAGUCAGUCUUUCUCCAGUUCUGAUUUCUGUGAUCUUGACUGAGUCAUUGGUGCUGAGUGUGACAAGAGACUGGCCCAGAUUUUCUUCAAAAAAAGUUAUCAAAAUUCUGAAAUUCUAUUAGCAAAUGAGCCUUGAGGCAUCUUUGACAUCAUUUUCAGGUGUGAUUGAAACAGAAGAUUAUAUUUACUCCCAGCAAAAUCAUUUACUGAAUUGUUUAAGAAAUGCAAGAUUUCUUACUUAGAUUUCAUAUAGUGAUUUUGCUACCAAAUCAUAGCAAAGAUUUUAAUGUAAAAACCAUAUUUAUUUAAAAUUGACACAGUCCCAUUAUCACCACUUAACGAAYUUAGAUCAAUGCAGUUUAUUUUUAAAUCAUAUAGUAAACAUAAAUGUAUACAUUAUGAGUCUCUGGGGAUGCACUGUUUAUUGGUCGUAAUCCUCGUUCAGCUUAUAUAAUGCAAAAAAACUCCUCUAGAAAUUUGGAGUGCAACAGUCUUCCAAGAAGAAGAUGAGAGAGAUAUAUACGCAUAUAUGUGCCUAUAUUUCUCAUUUUUUUAAUUAUGACUAUUACAGGCACAAAAUCCUAACAUUUAUACAGUUGUAUGACUUAUAGUCCUCUAAUACUCAUAUGCACGACCAAAUGCUUAGCAACAUAUUGCAUUUAUAGUGAAGCAUUUCCUGACACGUGGCCUGCCUUUCAGUGGAGAGGAAAGCAUCUCGCAAGCUGUCUUCCUGGAUGUGACAUGCCUUUCACUUCACCAGUGCCACACCACAUGUCACAAAAGCUGCAGGCCUCUCCUUUUACUUUGCAGGAGCAGCUUCCUUUUUCCAUGAAGUGUGGGAAGGAUUGCCUUGGUAAUGUGUGCAUGCUGCGCUGGGGAUGAAAUGUGGUGUGAGAAGGAUGUGCUGUUACCCCCUGACCACAGGCUCUCUCAUAACCUGCAUUCUGGUUCUCUUUCAUUAAGAAGUGGGCUGUUCUUGGUACUAAAUGAAGACAUGAAGUUACUGCUUACUACAUGCACAUACCAUUUUCUAAAUAUUGUGACUCAUAGACAAAAUCCAAGCCAUGUAUAUAAGUGAAUGCAGUAUCUUUGCUGGUUUGUGGCUCAUCGGUGCAUACUGUGCUUGAGUGCUACYACUGGCUUCGUUUAGGUUGUGCUUUUUAUUUAUAAAAGAUUUCCAUAUGUACCCAGAAGCUUUUCUUUUGCCUAGCUAAACUGGGCAGACUUCACAUUCCAUGUACAUAGUAAUAUGUGGCAACGCUUGCAGUGAAUACACACUUUCUCUUGGUAGUAUGCUAGUUUUAUUGGGACUGUGUCAAUAGUUUUGUAAUGAUAAAACCCUCCACAUUUCAUCAAACUGCAUCGUUGUUUUUCUAAAAGACAUAAGUACAACAAUGUUAUAACAAGGUCGGAUUCUGAGUUUACUCACAUUUAUCUUACUGUGAUUCCACUGAGUUCAAUGAAAUUACUCCUGAUUUACUCUAAGGGGAAAUCAGAAUCCAGUCUGCAGUUAUUUCUACUUUAAGGAAGACUGCGGUGUCCAUUCCUGCCAUUUGAAAGUGGAAACUGGUUUUAAUCUUGCAAACAUAUUGCUGCUUUUGCCCUUAUUUAUAUCUGAGAUUGAAAUAUGCCUCUUGACUUUUAGAACAUUUUUAUCUAUGUGAGUUGCUCAGUAUCUGUUUUAAUAAUAAAUGGWUUUCUACUAUUUUUGUGCUUUUAUUAAUGUGGGAUAUGUCACAGUGAAUUAUAUGUGCAUUUGGAAGAACAUUAAAACAAUCCAGACAGCAUGAUAUUCAAGUUUAGCAGUGAUACUUAAGUUUUUAUACUAUUUGGACUAAUCUAGACAAUUCUAAGCCCUAGGCUCAUAUUAAAGCUGAGUGUAGUCUAUGAAUACUUUAAAGACAAUAAAGAGAACUUCUCUUGGCRUCCUAUUCAAUACCAAUGCAGAGCUGCUUUGCAGAGAAGGUUGUUCCCUGUAGCUCCCAACAACUUCAGGAGAAUUGGCUUUCAAGGAAGGAUUGCUCAUCAAGUCAUUUAUGCAGCAGCCCUGACUUAACUAGGCAACGUUUUUCAAGCACAUUCACCUCUGAGGACAGAGGAUACUGCACUGCUUUUCCCUYGCUCAUGGAGUAAAGUGAAUUCCUUCGUGGCAGGAGGUUGCCUGUACCAGAUCCUCUGUACCUUGCCCAGGAGGUGCCAGUACCAGAUCCUGUCACUACAGGCAAGAGCAAAUGCCUCUGGUUCUUCUGUUGCUCCCCUGGAAAGGAAGGAACAAUAGUUGUCCCAUAAGGAUUUUGCUCAGUAAAUCUCUUUUCUGUAGUUUUCCUUUUGAUAACGCAGAAACAGACCCACCAUAUCGACUAUCUCAGGACAAAAAUCUCAGUGCUUUUCUUAGCACUGCUCGUAAACGUUGUCAAGGAAAGGCUUUAACUCUAUUUCCAGUAGCCCAUAAAAUUUAGGAGACAUUUUAAGUGUUUCCUUGGUGGACCAUAGAGAAAUAUUUAUACUUUUGUUGAGGAAUGCUUUAAGUUCACUGUUGCAUGUCAUACAGACAUCAGAUGAUUUGGGUUAUGUCAAAGCCCCUUGCGUUCAUCUAAUCAACUGGAGCAGCAGCAACAAGCACACUGCAAGAUUAUGCAGCACCAUGUAACUGAGAACAUAUGCAACAUGAGCAAACUUCUCUGUUUGCUCAGGUUUUUAGUGUAAUCUAGAAUACUUGGCCUAACAAGUUGUGUUUGAAAACAAACAGCUUUUAAGCAAUCCUUUUCCCAUGAGGGCAGAGUGGAAGCCCUAUGAAAAAGCCAGUGCCAUCUCCAUGAAAAUUGCAGCCAUGCAAGAGGGUUAUCUGCUAACAUAGGGACAACUUUUGAAGGCUGCCCUUUCACAGAGGAAAACAUUGCUAGCAGCUGCCAGCAGAGCAAUGAUUCAUUUUUCUGUGGUAUAUAAUUGUACCUAUAGGGUACAAUUGAGUCCUUAUUGAUCAGAUGCAUUUAGGACGAUUCUCAGUAAAGGAUUGUAUUUGAAACAUAGACUAUGCAAUUUAGAGUGCCAACAAACAGGAUAUUGUGAAUCUUGAUCACAUUUCAAGUUUUAUGUACAGUAGCAUAAUAAUUAGUGGUGCUUAUGACUAAGAAAAUAACAAUAUGGCACAUCAAUAAGACAACAGCUUCUUAAAA